AGAAGUAUUUGCAUACAAAUAGAACCGCAGGUCAUCACUCUUAAAGCGCUACCAAUUUGCUGUCCAGCGCUAUAAGCAUUUACUUCCGCACACGCCCGUCACCAAGUUUGUCACAAUCUGAACAUUGCACUCACCACGAUGAAGACAUUUUCUUUGGAGGAGGUUGGCUCACACAAUAGCAAGGUCGAUUUGUGGGUUGCUAUCCACGGAAAAGUGUACGAUGUCACAAGCUACGUAAAGGAUCACCCUGGCGGUGCCGAUCUCCUGAUUGAUGUUGCUGGCCAAGAUGCGACGGCGGCGUAUGAAGACGUGGGCCAUUCAGAGGAUGCAAAUGAGAUUCUGGAAUCCUUCCUGAUCGGGACAUUGAAAGAUGCUGUGGAAUACAAGGCUCCUACAGCUGUUAGACUUAUCCAGCCAACAUCGGUGUCGUCACAUGAAAAGAUGGAUGGUUACGACGCUACUCGUACUGUUGGUCUCACUGUUGGCUCGGUUGCCUCGCUAUAUUUUGCGUCCAAAGCUUUCAGACCACAGCUCAGCCUUCAUCAUCUAGCUGAGCUUCUUCCCAGUCUGCCGUCCCUGUCAUCAAUCAGGUUGUCUUCAUCCCUACCUCAUGGAGGCUUUGCUACUGGAGCAGCCGCCACAGCCUGUAUCUGUGCUGUACUAGGCGGCAUGGUUGCUUCUCGCCUUUCGAAGCUCACGGAGAUUGAGUCGGGUUUCACGAAAUACCCACCUCGAAUCAAAAGAAAGACUAUACACAGGCCAGACCCUCACCUUGUCCCUGGCUUCCUUCAACCGAAAGAAUACAAGAGCUUACCACUCGUCGAAAAGACUCUGCUUGCCCCCAACGUCUAUCGCUUCGUCUUUCAGCUUCCUCGCAAGGGGGAUGUGGUUGGUCUGCCUAUCGGGCAACACGUCGCCAUCAAAGCAACCGUCAACGGCCAAUCAGUUUCGCGAUCAUACACCCCGACGUCAAACAAUCUUGACUUGGGUAGACUGGAGUUGGUUAUCAAGUGUUACCCCGAUGGCUUGCUCACAGGCCAGUACCUUGCCAACCUCAAUGUCGGUGACCAAGUCCUCUUCCGUGGGCCCAAAGGCGCGAUGCGAUACAAGAGGAAUCUCUGCAAAAAGAUCGGCAUGAUAGCUGGCGGCACAGGGAUCACACCUAUGUUCCAACUUAUUCGGGCAAUCUGUGAAGACGACAAGGAUACCACCGAGAUCUCUCUUGUUUACGCCAACCGUACGGAAGAUGAUAUUCUCCUGCGAACAGAGCUGGAAGCAUUUGCAUCUGCGUAUCCAAGAUCGUUGAAAAUCUGGUACAUGUUGGAUCAGCCUCCGAAUGAUUGGCAGUAUGGCAAGGGCUACGUGACGCCCGAUGUGAUGCGUGAAAAGCUCCCUGAGCCUGGUCCAGACACUAGGAUCAUGCUUUGUGGUCCCCCUGGCAUGGUCCAUGCUGCCAAGAAAGGUUUGGCUGGUCUAGGAUUUCAAUCCCCAGGAGCGGUGGCGAAAAUGACGGAUCAAAUCUUCUCUUUUUAG